AUGGCAUUCGUCUAUACAGGUUUAGCAAUAAUUGGAAUGGUUUUCUUCUCUCCUGUUAUUAUACCAGCACUAUUUCUGGGAGGGUUAUUUUAUGACUUUUUCAAUUCAAAACUGCCACCUGGAAUUGACCAACCUCUAAAGCUUCGUUUUUACCAUUCCGUGAUGAUUACAACCAUGAUGUCGGGCAAGAUUCUGGAGAAGCUAGGGGUCUGCAGUGAUUUAACCUUGCUGCGAUUUGUGGUGGAUGGAAUACCACCAUGCAGAGAUUCAAAACUUCUUAUCAAGGAUCUCAAAGUAGAUGAGGUACCUUUGAGGAUUUAUCAGCCUAAGUGGCCACCUACUGGCAAAAGAAGAGGAAUACUGUAUUUUCAUGGAGGCGCUGGCACAUUUGGGAGCAUUAGAGCCUUUGAAAGAGUAUGCCGCUAUAUUGCCAAAAAAUGUGACUCAGUGGUUGUGUCUGUUGGUUAUCGUUUGGCUCCUGAACACCCAUAUCCAGGGCAGUAUUUUGAUUGUCUCAAUGCUACCAUAUACUUUAUGAGGAACUUAGAAGAGUAUCACGUGGAUCCUGCUCUCGUCAUCAUUAGCGGUGACAGCUGUGGAGCUAAUUUUGCUACGGUUAUUUGCCAAAUACUGGUAAAUAAAAGGGAUCUCCCAAAAGUACGUGCACAGAUCUUACUUUACCCAGGACUACAAGGGCUAGAUUUUCAUUUGCCUUCCUAUCAGCAGAAUGCUAGAGUCCCCGUGUUGUAUCGGAAACUAGUUAUCUACUUCUGUUUUCGUUAUCUUAAUAGAGAGCCAUCAUUUCUGGAAGAUGUCCUAGAAAAUUGCCAUGUUCCUGAGACUAUGAAACGGAAAUAUAAAAAAUGGAUAAGUGCUGACAAUAUUCCUGAUGAAUUUAAGAUUAGAGGCUACAUACCGCAGAAAUUCACUUCAUACAAACAUGAAGUCCAUGAAGCAGUCAAAGAACUGUUAGCAAUAACAUUUUCCCCCCUUUUAGCUGAAGACUCAAUUAUUUGCCAGCUCCCUGAAUCCUACAUUGUGACCUGUGAGUUUGACGUGCUUAGGGAUGAUGGACUGUUAUACAAGAAGCGAUUAGAGGACAAUGGCAUUCAAGUAACCUGGCAUCAUUCCGAGAGUGGUUUUCAUGGAAUUUUAGCCUUUUUUGGCUAUGGGAUUUUUUCCUUUUUAUCUGGAAAAAAGAUACUGGAUAACACUGUGAAUUAUAUAAACAGUCUAUGAAAGUAUUUUUCAGAAAAAUGGUGCGAGUCUUACACUACCCAUGGUGAAUUUAUACUUGGCAAAGAACGCAAACACAUUUGAUUUAUGUUUUCUAUUUUGACUGCAUGAGGAAGUGCAUCUAAUACUUUCUAAUUUCUCCAGUUACUCUCAAACAAAUGGUAAGAUUAUUUAAAACAUCAGCAUUCUAGGAAACAUUAUUAUAAAAACACACAAAUAAGAUCAAGCACCUGGCACUGUUUCACUUCACCUCCCGCAGUUCUAGUACCUCUGCACAGCUGGCACACAUUCAAGGCAAACGACAAGCACAUCUCUUCCUGAAGCUUCUAUUGCAGCCCAGAAAUGCUGAAGACAACAGCUGGCGGCUCCUUUGGCCAUUGUGGGAGGUCAGAGAUGGUAACGGUACCAGAGAGAGAGCAAUAUCUCUUAGGUUCUGUGGAGUCCUAUGUCAGACAGUAAAACUCCAGCUAUGUAUUUUAAUUUCUAGGGUUAGCUGGCACAAAGACUACAUUUUUCCUGAAAUACAGGUGUCUGUCUGGGACAGACUUUCUCAAUUGGAACUACUACGGAUUUGAUUUUGUUUGGAACUUGAGAAAUGAUGUUUUGUUUCGGAACUUGAUUCUUAAACUGGAAUCCCUAAACUUCAGUGAAUGUGCACAUGUUAGCGGAGUGCAGAGAUGAACCU